AGAAAGAGAAAAUAGCCGAGAGGUCUCAAGACGACUCGACGAUUUCUGAGAAACGACGAAUGAGCGAGAACGCAGUUUGUUCUACUGAAAUGGAGAAAUCAAGCCUUGAACCGAUUCACAAGCGUGAAGCAGAUCCGGAUUCCGGGGAGGACUUGGUGUCGCCCGCGAAGAAAUCCAAGAACACGGCGGAGACAGACUGUGGAGCGUCGAGUGAGAGUACGGAAGAUUCCAAGCAACGGAGAAGUGGAGAAGACGAGCAACGGAAGAACUCCGGCGAACUCAAUGGCGGCGAACCCGAACCCGCCGCCCGUGGUGGUGGCGAUAGUAAUAGAUGUGCGCAGCAGGAUAAUCCGAGCUGUGGAACUGAAGUGGUGAAGGGAUUCGACAUCGAAGCUGAUGUCGCUGAGGACAAAGGAUCCAGGCAUACAAUGGAAGAUGCUUGGGUUGUUCUGCCAGAUGCUUCUUUGGAUUUUCCUGGGAAACUCAGGUGCGCGCAUUUUGCGAUUUAUGAUGGGCAUGGCGGUCGUUUAGCUGCAGAUUUUGUUCAGAAGCAUUUGCACCAUAAUGUUCUUUCAGCUGGAUUACCACGUGAGUUGCUGGACGUCAAAGCUGCUAAGAAGGCCAUACUCGAAGGUUUUCGGAAAGCUGACGAGUCGCUGCUUCAAGAAAGUGCUUCAGGAGGAUGGCAAGAUGGCGCCACAGCUGUUUGCGUCUGGAUAUUAGAUCAAAAGGUUUUUAUUGCCAACAUCGGUGACGCUAAGGCUGUUGUGGCACGGUCCUCUACCACCAAUGGAUCAGACAGUCCCUCAAAAGAAUCUAAUUUUCUCAAGGCAAUUCUUUUGACUCGAGAACACAAAGCUAUUUUUCCACAGGAACGUACUCGCAUUCAGAAGGCUGGUGGUUCCAUAAGCUCAAAUGGACGGUUACAGGGCCGUCUUGAGGUUUCUAGGGCUUUCGGAGAUCGCCAGUUCAAGAAGCUCGGUGUAAUUGCAACUCCUGAUAUUCACUCAUUCGAUAUAACCGAGAGAGAACUCUUCAUGAUUCUCGGUUGCGAUGGCCUGUGGGGAGUAUUUGGACCGAGCGAUGCGGUUGAAUUUGUUCAGAAACUAUUGAAGGAGGGUUUAACAGUGAGCACGAUAAGUCGGCGGCUGGUAAAAGAAGCGGUAAGAGAACGACGGUGCAAAGACAAUUGCACGGCCAUCGUUAUCGUUUUCCGGCACAGAUGAUCCAAAACACUACAACCUUAUUUAUACCUUAAGUGUUGUUGUGUUCUUUCUACUACUAGUCUCUUCACUCUUGGUUAAGUGUCUGGUUUUCCCCUUUUGGGAAAAAUUUCCCCUUUUUUUGUAAGAUUAUUACGUCAUUAGACAAUUGGUCGAUCGAGUGAUGAAUGAUCAAUCUAUUGGAUUGCCUAAUUUCUA